CUAUAUAAAAUUGAAGGUCCAGGUCCAGCGGGGCUAUAUUCUUCGCAUUUCAAAACCAGAGAAAAUCGCGCGGGCAUCAAUAAGUACUCUUUUUCUAGUCUUCCAUAUUUUCUCUACAUCCAAACACAUCCCCUUCAUCCUUAUCGAUCGUUCACUUUCCUUCCAUUCACACGGCAAAUAGCAACUCCGCUAAUCUUAUUGGCUGCUCCUUGAUAAUUCACACAAAUUCUAAGGAUUUUGUCCUUUUUUUGGUUUUUGGUUGGGGGGUUUGAGAAGGAGGGGAUGAUGGAUGAUAGUGUUUGAGGAGGGAGGCUCUUUGUGUCUUCUGGUUAGUUUUGAGGUUUCAAAUGGAUUCGGCGAGGAGUUGGCUUCAGAAGUUACAGCCACGAGACAAGUUGAGGACUUCUUCUAGGAAGAAGAAUAAUACGUCUGAUGAUUGUAAAGAUGACGCAAAAUCUACAGAUGAUGAGGAAGCUCUUUCCAAUACCACCAAGCAGAAAGUUGCUGCAGCCAAGCAGUAUAUUGAGAACCAUUACAAGGAACAAAUGAAGAAUCUACAGGAGAGGAAGGAGCGACGAACCAUACUGGAAAAGAAGUUGGCUGAUGCUGAUGUGUCUGAGGAAGAUCAGAACAACUUACUUAAGUUUUUGGAGAAGAAAGAAACUGAAUACAUGCGCCUGCAGAGGCAUAAAAUGGGUGUUGAUGACUUUGAAUUAUUGACAAUGAUCGGCAAGGGUGCAUUUGGGGAGGUUAGAGUUUGUAGAGAAAAGACAACUGGCCAUGUGUAUGCCAUGAAAAAACUUAAGAAAUCAGAGAUGCUUCGCAGAGGCCAGGUUGAGCAUGUCAGAGCUGAAAGGAAUCUACUAGCAGAGGUUGACAGCAAUUGUAUUGUGAAACUAUAUUGCUCUUUUCAAGAUGAAGAAUUUCUGUAUCUUAUCAUGGAAUAUCUUCCUGGUGGGGAUAUGAUGACUUUACUUAUGAGAAAAGAUACAUUGACAGAAGAUGAAGCUAGAUUUUAUGUAGCGGAAACAGUAUUAGCUAUUGAAUCUAUCCACAAACACAAUUACAUUCACAGGGAUAUCAAGCCUGACAACUUGCUGCUUGAUAGAUAUGGACACUUGAGGCUAUCUGAUUUUGGACUGUGUAAACCAUUAGACUGCAGCACCAUCCAAGAAGGGGAUUUUUCAGUAGUGAACAAUCCUGUUAAUGGGAGUGGACAGAAUGAAGAAAGGCCAGCAGCUCCAAAGCGCACACAACAGGAGCAACUACAACAUUGGCAGAAGAACAGAAGGAUGCUUGCUUAUUCCACUGUUGGUACGCCUGACUAUAUUGCUCCAGAAGUACUGCUGAAGAAAGGUUAUGCGAUGGAAUGUGAUUGGUGGUCACUUGGUGCUAUUAUGUAUGAAAUGCUUGUGGGAUACCCACCUUUUUAUUCAGAUGAUCCUAUGUCAACCUGUAGGAAGAUAGUAAAUUGGAGGACUCAUUUAAAAUUUCCGGAAGAAGCAAAACUAUCUCCAGAGGCAAAAGAUGUUAUUAGCAAACUCUUGUGCAACGUUAACCAGAGAUUGGGAUCAAAAGGCGCAGAUGAAAUAAAGGAUCAUCCAUUUUUUAAUGGUACUGAAUGGGAUAAGCUUUAUCGGAUGGAAGCUGCAUUUAUCCCUGAGGUCAAGGAUGAGCUGGAUACUCAAAAUUUUGAAAAGUUUGAAGAGGCUGAGAACCAGUCUCAAACUACCACAAAAACUGGUCCAUGGAGAAAGAUGCUCUCAUCUAAAGAUAUCAAUUUUGUGGGCUACACAUACAAGAACUUUGAAAUUGUGAAUGAUUAUCAAGUGCCUGGAAUGGCUGACUUGAAGAAGAAAAACACCAAACCAAAGAGGCCGUCAGUGAAGUCGCUUUUUGAUACAGAGUCGGAGACAUCGGAAUCAUCAGAUACUACUAGUGAACAAUCUGUUCAAGGGAGUUUUCUGAAUCUCUUGCCUCCCCAACUAGAAGUAUCUGAAAAGCAGAAGGAUUCCAUCUAACCCUGCCAAUCUCUUUAUACCGUCUAAGGAGGAGCUCUGUCCGAUUAACCAUCUGAAAUUUGACGUCCAAUUAUUAAAAUUAUCAUUCUUAAUGCUUCUCCUCGCAUUUUGAUACGUGGCUCUACUGACAGUUGCGCAGAGUUUGGAAUGCCCAAUCUUUUAGGAAGUGCUGGGUUUUGAAGCAGCAACUUAGAUUUCACACGGCUGGGGAAAUGGUUCUGUAAGUUUUCUGGUUUAUAAAGAUGAAAACGAGACAGGACAAGGCAGUAGAUAACUAAUUCAUUUACAGUCGGAAUGUAAUAUAUUUAUUUUCUUUACCGCUGGCUACAAAAUGUUGUACAAAAUACACUCCUUUUAACUCAUACCAUCCACUUAGUU